CGUAUCAUCUGCCCCAAGGCGGUUAUCAUUUCACUGCUUGGCCAGGACUGACCCAUUGAUUCGACCUGUGGUCUACACACUCAUUAACACAAGCUUAUUUCGAAGCAGUUCCAGCAAGAUGAAGAUGAAGACGUCCGGACUUUUGGGGCUGAUGCAGGCUAUGAGAACGGUUCAGGCAUGCUACUAUUCAGCUUUGAACAUGGAACCACCGGGUGACUAUUACUGGCGGUAAGUCGACACUAUUGAAAGAGCAAUGCUGAAGUUCGUCGACAGAUAUUGCAACGUUGGCUGCGGCGCACUCGACAUGUCUAACUCUGUCUUUCCAGAAUGCUGCACUCCCUUGGCGGCAGGAGCUACAGCUCCACCGGAUUGUUCCUCUGUCAUGUCGUCCCGCUCAGCAGAAGGCACUACCUGUCCUUACCCUACAGAUAUCGGAACGACCGACUUCCCCGACACUUAUUCCUAUCAACCUACUUCUUCUAUACCUCAGAGUCAAGCUGGACAAUCUGCAGUCGCGAGUGAAUCACCCGUCCCCGAUGGAGGUUGCGCCUCCACAGUCUGGGUAACAAGUACGACAACGACUGAAUGCUCCACGUCUUGCGCUACCUCUGAGGCCUAUUCCUCCGCUGCUAUUUCUGAGACGUCGUCCAUUGACCAGGGCAUGUCUGGGAUCGGUGCUUCGGCGAGUACGUCGUCGAAUCCUCCUCCUGCACCUUCCCCGACUUCGCCUCCUCCCGCGUCAUCUGCCACCUCGGAGGUCGUGGUAAAUCCGAGCUGUACACCGUGUGCGUUGUCGAGCAUACCCCUGGUUCAGCCAAGUGAGGGAUGUUUAGGGGAUAGCUGUCCGUCCCAAGGGUGAGUGUCCAAGUUGGACGGACAAACUGACCCCGAAUCAUCUAGUGCCGUGGACCAAGGCCAAUUCAGUGCCAUUGCAAGAGGAUAC